GAAACCGUCGUCCCAAAUCGUCUUCUUUGCCCGUAAGAAUAUCUUCCAAAUUGAUAUCGCCUUAUCCUAAUUUCUCGAUUUUGUGGUCAAGCGGGGGCAGAUUGGUGGUCUUAUUGCUCGUUCUUUUUGUCUAUUUUCUAUCCUUAAAAGAGUUUGAUUUCUUGAUGUGGUUCCUUCUUUCUGUUUCAAAUUUCUGGGUUCUAGGGUCAAUUGUUUUGAAUCUGAGUUGAUUAAACCUGCUGGGUUUUGAUAAGUUAUUGAUGGCCACGAGGAGGAUUCAGAAGGAGUUGAAGGACUUGCAGAAUGAUCCUCCCACAUCUUGCAGUGCAGGCCCUGUUUCUGAGGACAUAUUCCAUUGGCAAGCAACCAUUAUGGGGCCUUCUGACAGCCCCUUUGCUGGUGGUGUAUUCAUAGUGUCAAUUCACUUCCCACCAGAUUACCCAUUCAAGCCACCGAAGGUGUCAUUCCGCACCAAGGUUUUUCAUCCAAAUAUCAACAGCAAUGGUAGCAUAUGCCUUGACAUUCUCAAGGAACAGUGGAGCCCUGCACUGACAAUAUCCAAGGUGCUGUUAUCCGUUUGCUCACUUCUGACGGAUCCUAACCCAGAUGAUCCACUGGUACCAGAGAUUGCUCACAUGUACAAGACUGACAGAGCCAAAUAUGAGGCAACCGCCCGCUCCUGGACACAAAAAUAUGCCAUGAGUUAGAAGCCUCUUUUCUGGUUCUUCCGUACUACCUUUUAUCAGUAAAUAAAUAGCAUAGAUGAUUUUGUGAUAGGGUCAAUGACUGUUUUAUCACUGAAUUGCUCGGGUAACGGCUUUAUGUUUUUGUAGUGGAUGUGAAUACCGAUAUCCAAUAUUUUGAUACAUCUUCCACUCUUUGUUGAAGGGGAAUGUGCAAUUCUCUUGUUUCA